UUAAUCAUUCAUGGCAUACAAAGUCGUAACCAGUAAAGGGAGAUAAUUCUAAAAACUAAGAAAAACAAAAAAAUAGUUUGAAAGACUGACAUUUUUGAACCAGCAUCAUGUCAAGAUCACAAAAGGAAGUAGAUCCUUAUACGAUAAAGUCCUCAACAGAUUCAUUUGAAACUAAGGCUAAGGGUGUGUUUGAUUGCUUACUAACAUUAGAAGAUAAGCAUAAAGCAUAUGAAAAAGCGAGAAAAGACAGUUCAGAUGAAUCAGAUCUUUUAAAAGAUGAACCAUCAAAGGAAGAAGUAGAGACAAUAAAACCUGCAUUCAAGCAACCAAGACCCAUUGAAAGGGGACAUACAAGGGGUUCAUAUUCGAGACGACCCUUUAAACGGGCUCGAAUGCCAGAUUUUAACGAUGGACCCGCAAAAUGGAAGAAGUAUUCACUAGAAGAUGUUGACGUGAUGAAUGAUGCUAGUAAUAAACAGGCAGCUUAUGCUUUCCUUGAAGAAAGGAGGAAACAACGAGAAGGGGAGAUAACUGAGACAAAAGCCGAUAUUCAAUCAAUGGCUUGUUCAAAAGGACAGUUCACAUUUUCUAAGCGUGCUAAAAAUGAAAAUACAUGUACAUCUGAUAAGGAAAAAAAGGAUGAGCAAAGUUCUUCUGAAAUAAAACAGCGAUUAGAACUGACUGAAAAUGAAACUGAAUUAAAGGAGGACAAUGAUGAAGAUCAAGAAAAAAAACCAACCGAAACUGUUUUUAAAUCUCGGAAAUUUGGCAAACGUAAUUUAAGGUCUAGAGAAAGAAAUGAUGAUGAUGGAGACACUUAAAAGCAGUCAUUAUGUUUAAAAUAAUGUUUUUACUGCAGAAAUACUGUCUUUAAUGAGUAAUAAUAAAAACCAACAGUGUCAGAGUAAGAACUGUAGUAAGCAUGGAUUUAGUGUCAGUGAAUGCUAAUCUGUGGUACAAUCAUCCUCUGAAAAAAACCUUCAUAUCCACAGGUGCAGUUUUUCAUUUUUUUUUUUUUAAAGUUUGAUCAUUUGACUGUUUGUUUAUUGUCUCAGUAAUAUUCACAUAAAUUUUUUAGCCAGCCAAUUUUACUGUAUGUCAUCUUUAGAGCUCAAAAUAGUGAGAUGGGAUGGUAUAUAUGUUCUGAAUUGAAUGCACUUUUUUAUAAGUGUACGUUUUAACUUAAAAGUCUUGCAGAAAGUAUAUAAACAUGAUAAAAUAGAAAAAAACAAAAGAUACAAUGUACUACCAUACAUGUAUCCAUUACAUCAAAUAAAUUUGAAAUGAAGCCAGUAUAUAGAAUCAAUUUUAAUUAAGUUCAUGUUACACUUGCCUGAAGUUCUUAUGUAAAUCAACAUUCAUAGUACAAAAUGUAUAUUACUCUUUGUAUGAUUGGAAUUGGACAGGAAAAUGUAUAUAUAAAUAAAAUAACCUUUUGAAACA